CUGCGUCUACUUCCUGCAUUAGUCAACAGAGACAGAAGUCCAUCAGUGAUUAAAAUCACCAUAACUCGCUGAAAUUUCAACCGAUUUUCAAUCGGUUUGGUUUAUCAGAAAAGUCGCACAUUUAUAAUACAACAGAUUAUUUUUUAUCAUACACUUACACAUUCUCAAACACACCCACAUGCAUUCUGAAUUUUCCUACAAUCCUCAGAGAAAUAAUGGUGAUGCUCACAUAUGGAAUUUAUAUUUAUAAUAUAAAAUAUAAAUACAAAAUAAAGGAAUGAGUUAAAAAUGAAAAACAAACACUCAUUCAAAAAGAGGUUUGCCUAAAUUAAACAUUUACCAAAAUAAGCCCAAAAUAAAAUACCUGUUAAAGUUACAUCUGCUCUUCUUGUCAUUUUCAUGCAAAAUAAAGACCCCAAAUUUACCUCUGAUGGGACAAGCCUUACAUGAACCUGAUAAAAGGUACCAAAGAACACAUCACUAAUAUAAAACCGAUGUUUUUUAACACGUCAAAUAAAAUAAAAUAAAAUAAACAGAAUUCAAGACCAGAGAAAUUUGUAAAAGUACUGAAGGGUUCAUUUAAAAGAUCUAAUAGUGUAUUUUAUUAACAUUUAGAGGGGACCGCUGUGUUAGUGAAAUAUCAGGAUAACAUGAGAAAUUGUCACGACACUAACUGCAAAGAUGGUCAGGAAAAUUAAAAAUGGAUGGUAUUGCUCCUUCCUUUAAACCAGUGGACUGUCCAGUCCUGUUAAAGUCCUCUGGGUUAAAAUGAGGCUGCAGACGGCUGAACAGUCCUGCUGCCUCCAUCUAUCUUCUGGAAACAUACAAAACAUCCAUCUGAACGUCGCUCGGUUCUCAGUUCUUCUGUAGCUGCAGGUCAAAGUUAAACUUCAUGUUGGCGCCAUGAAUCUGAUUUAAUAGAAAAUGUUUAAAUGUCUGCUAAUUAUUUGACGUGGGCACAUAAACCAUCUUCCUGUAAUCAUUUAACAAAAACAUUUUCUUGUGUGACAAACCGGUUUCAUUUAUGUUCGCUUAAGAAAUACGUCAAAUUGAACAAGUUCAUAACAGUUAAAUCAUAUAAAACCACUUCUUACUUGUUAAAUGUUAUUCCUCUUAUCUUGGUUUCGGUGUUAAAGUAUCUAGCGCCUUCACCUGAAGGAAGGGUUAAAACAUCUAAACGUGAGAGGCAGCUUUAUGCUCCUCAUAUGUGGAACAAACUCUCAGAAACCUGCAGGUCUGCUGACUCAGCAGUUUCACAUCAGGGUUAAAACUUUUCUAUUUGCUGUCUUUUAUCAGAACAGCUGUUAAUUCCCCAAACUGGAGCUUUUAUUUCUGGCUUUUGUCUGUUUUAUUUGAGCUUUUAUCUUUCUUUAAAAGCGUGUUUUCCCCGUCUUGCUGCCUCAUGCGGCGCUGUGAUGCUGGUCAUGUUUCAUGUAACGGGCUUCGACUUGUCUACAGGAAACGUGGCGUACAGGCAAACCUGCCUGACGAGUCCAGAACGAGUCGCGGUCCUGUGGAAAUGUCCGUCCAGCUGUGGUGUCUGUCUUUCCGGCAGCCCUAUGCUGGUCUGGUUCUGGACGGGGUGAAGAUGGUGGAGAGCCGCUGGAGGCCCAUCCUGGGCCCUUUGGAGAACCGGACCUUGGCGGUCCACAUUGCCAUGCGGGACUGGGAGGGGGAGGAAUGGAGGGCGGUGAUGACAGACCAGCUGGGGAUGAACGGUGUCCAGAUCCAGGCGGUCCUGGACUCUGGCGAACGGUUCGGCCGUGGCGUGGUGGCAGGAUUGGUGGAUGUAGGCCGGACCUGGCUUUGCCCAGCCUCUCUGCAGGGGAAGGAGCUACAGGGUCUGGAACGAUCGUCCGUUCUGAUUGGUGUGCAGGAGAAACACCUGACUUACCUGUCCAACCCACGCUGGCUGAAGGAGCCACUGAGGAUGAGGGGAGGAAGAGACCUGUGGACCAUUGAGAUCCCAUCUGAGCUGUUACCAUGAUGAUGACUCAGCUCUAGCACCAAGCUGAUCAGCAGGAUGUUGCCAUGGAAACGUCUGUUAUGAUGGCCAGAAGAUGGACGACGAUGCUUCUCUGAUGGAGAAAAUUCUGGAAAUUUAACCAACGAAUGUUAAAGACAGUGAAAUUGAUGUCAAACCGUUACCAUGGUAACAUUCACAAAACCUGGAUAUCAGGUCCAGAAUGUGAGUCGUGAAAGUUCGGGAGGAUGUCACGUAGUAAUCCGACACCGGACUGGAACAUGUAGACCAGUGUCGUAUUUCAGACCCCGAUGUAGAGGCAUAGGACCUGAUUAGUAAUCUGAUUACUCUGUUAUUGGAUUAUGAUGGUCACAUAACCAGACUCAUCUCAGCAAGAAAAGCUUUUAGCUCAGGACUCCGGAUCAGGACUCUGGAUCGGGACUCCUGGUGUCAGCAGAUUGCAGCAUGUCAAGCUCCGCCCUUUCGGGUCGGUUAGACUGGUACCCCAACAGAAGGGUAACAUUAAAGUAGGAUGGGUCGGAUAUUAGGGUUCUGUUCCCUGUUUUCACGUGUAGUAACGCGGCUUUAGUCAUUCAGACCAGUAGAGUCCAGCUCACUCUGAUCCAGGUCCUGGUUUCUGUGUUUCCUCUUCAUCUGCAAACAUGUCAUUAACCCAAGUUGGCAACAACCACCACCGACCAAUUUUUCCCUUUUUCUCUUUACUAAGCGCUCAACUUUUUGUCAUGUUUCAGAUGAAAAAGUAACUAAUUUAAGUAACUAUUUCUUUAAUGCUAUCAUACCCGGUUCAUACAGUCUGACAUUUUGCAUCAUUUCAUGGUAAAAACUGCUGGUUUUUAUCUGGUAUUGUCUUCUGCCCCCUGGUGGACACCUUUUAAACUGCAAUACAUCUGACAUACAGUAAUAAACAGUAAAUAUACAAAAGUUAAUUUUUGUAAAUUUUUCACAUUUUGUUAAAGAGCCAAAUAAA